AUGACGCUGGGCGCCAAACGGCCCCGAGUCAACCUCCGACAGGGCCUCGACCGCGAUGUCUACCAGAUUCUCAAAAAGCUUGAAGACGCUAACGAUGGCAAAUCUUUCAGGAGCGUCUCUACCGCUUACGACGCCAUCAAACAUUCCAAUUCAAGCCUCAGCCGACAGAAGAAGCGCCCCUUGGAGGAUUCGAUCGUGCGAGUGCUACAGUUUCGAAAGCAAGAAUUGAGCGAUUCGAGCGAUUCAGAGGCUGCUCUCGAGGAACCGGCGAAACCCGAGGACGACCGAUUCUUGCUCAAUCGCCAAAUGACGAAGCAUUGGCAUACGGCCCAGAGCCCGUCGGGCCAGAAUUCGACACCGCAGAACACGACCACAAGCGAAGCUCCGCGCGCCGUCAAGAAGCGCCGACUACAAGAAGAUGGCCAAGAACCAGCAGCGAACGGUGCGACAACGCCAAAGGGCGCCUUGACGGAUACCGAUGCGCCGGCCAUGGAAAAGUCAGACAAGGACAAGACCAAGAAGGCCUCAAAGUCAAGCCGCUUCAGAGUCGAACAUCCUUCGGAUCCUCUACUUCUCGGUGGUGUGAGCGAUAUCUAUUCAGACCUAAUGCGCAUCACUGAGCCCGCGCUCAAAUGGCCCGAGUUGUAUGCGACCAAGAGUUGGCGAAAAGUGCCAGGUAUUCUAUUGUCAGGCCCGCCAGGCAUUGGCAAGAAGUCAUUGGUCAAGUCUCUUGCGGCCAAACUUGAGGUCCCAAUUGUUUCUCUUGGGGGUUGCUUUGAGGACCCUGAACGCAUGGAAAGGAGCUUGAACGAUGCGAUUGAUGAAGCAAUGAGGCUCGCCCCUUGUAUUGUCCUCAUUGAGCAACUCGAUUGGUACAUGUCGAAACCAGGAGGCAGCGGGCACAACGAGAGUCACCGUCGGACCGUUACACAGUUUAUGCGACAGAUGCAACGGCUAAAGGCGGAUCAAGAGAAGGACGGACACGUUCUGGCCAUGGCGACGACUUCGAGGAUCACGGAUGUCGACCCUACGGUGUUGAAAGAGGGUUUGUUUGAGCGCACAAUUCAGAUGAGGAUACCCGACCUCGAGGCUCGACAGGAUAUCUUCAAACACAUCACACGAGGCAUGCAACUCGCCGAGGAUGUCGACUUCCAGGCACUGGCGAAGAUGACACACGGCUUCGUUGGUGCAGAUAUUGUCGUUGUCACGACGCUGGCUCAAGACGCUACAAUAGAGCGAAUCAGGAACAUGGACGAGUAUCGGAACUGCUUUCUCAGCUUGGACGAACCUAUUAUCGACCCAUCAGCAGACCUUAUGGAACUCGCCGAUCAAGCACCUCGUCCACCUUUUCCAGAACCCCCUGAGACUCCGGUAACUCUAGAGGACUUCAAGGCGGCCAUCAAGGUCUUCACGCCCUCGCUCCGCAAGGAAGGCUUCACAGUCAUCCCCAGCGUCACAUGGGACCAGGUCGGUGCCCUCGAGCAGGUCCGCAACCAGCUCGACAUGUCCAUCAUUGGGCCCAUCAAGAACCCAGAACUCUAUCUUGGCGCCGGUAUCAACCGCCCAGCUGGAUGUCUCCUCUGGGGACCUCCCGGCUGUGGCAAGACCCUUGUUGCUCAGGCCGUCGCCAACGAAGCACAGGCGAGCUUCAUCCUCAUCAACGGUCCCGAGCUACUCAACAAGUACGUGGGCGAGUCGGAGCGUGCUGUGCGUGAGCUGUUCAACCGCGCCCGCUCUUCCACACCCUGUAUCCUCUUCUUUGACGAGAUGGAUUCACUCGUGCCGAGGCGUGAUAACUCUUCCACCGAAGCUGGUGCUCGAGUUGUCAAUGCACUGCUGACAGAGCUUGAUGGCGCUCGUGAUCGUGCUGGCGUGUACGUCAUCGGCACAACCAACCGUCCGGAUAUGAUAGAUCCGGCGAUGCUUCGACCUGGCCGUCUCAGCGUUCAGCUCUUCCUGGAUCUCCCAACAACAGACGAACGAGUCGACAUCCUACACGCCAUCUACCGCACAAAUCAUCCAUCAGCCACACCAACUGAACUCAACCACCUCGAGCCCGUCGCACGGGACAAGCGGUGUGACGACUUUAGCGGUGCUGAUCUGGAUGGAUUACACAUCCGGGCUGCCGAGAACACUGUGAAGCGUGUGUUGAAGGGCGAGAAGAAGAAGCCAGAGAUUGAUGAGCAGGACUGGGAAUAUGCCCUGACGACGACACGUCGUAGUGUGCGCAACCCAGAGUCGUACAGGAAACUGGAAGCCAAGAUGAGGGAGUCUAACUGA